UGUAGUUGUGAACUGACUCCACAGCAGAGACGUGGCUCUUCACAUGAGAGCAGACCUCUGUGUUUUACUGCCAGAAGCCAAACAACAAAAGAGAGAAAAACACCUGGAUUCUCAUCUUUGUUUUGUGGAUUGGACCGUCUCAUUUUUGUAGCUUUCUUAUACUCUGGGACCCGUUCCAUCCUGCAUCCAUCUACAUCACACGUCUGGACGGCUGAUGAGAGCAUGGCUGUGGUCCUGCGUGCGGCACUUCUCUGGCUGCUCAUGCACAGCUGCCUGUGCAGUGUUGGACAGACUGACAAAGGCUGCAUGAAGUGGAACCUGCUUAAAAACACAGAUGAUGUCUGCUGCGAGGAGUGUUAUCCAGGAAAUCAUGUUGUCAACAAAUGUGGUCCCAACGCAAGCAGCCUCUGCGCACCGUGUGAGGCUGGGACGUACAUAGAGAACCCUAAAAGUGACUGGUGUCAACGCUGUAAAACAUGCGUAGGCGCUUUGGUGCAGGUGAAGGCAUGCACCACCACCAGCAACACGGUGUGUACCUGCAAAGAGGGCCUCCUCUGCGGAGACGCCCAAUGUUCCUUCUGUGUCACCAAGUGUGGCAAAGGUCAAGAGCCCGAGAAACGUUCGUGCCGGCCGUGUCCCGACGGAACCUUCAACGAUCAGAUUCACCAGUACUGCAAGCCCUGGAGUACGAGUUGUCCCAAACCAGACCAACAAAUUGUGGCCAAUGGAAACGCCUCCACUGACAUUAAGUGUGAAAAUGUUCCUGUUUCCCCAUUGCAAAAACCCAAUCAACCUGAUACUGUAGGACAAGUGUGGCCGCUGAUGUUAUCCGCGGUCACCAGCAUGGCUCUCAUAGGCUUCAUCAUCAUCGUGGCUGUGAAGAUCCUCCGAAAGAAGAAGAGGAAGCCGAAGAAGACAGACAAAAAGACACCAAUAGUCAGGAUACCUACAGACGAUCCUAUGACAUUAAUAGCCAUCGAGUGCAGUUUUCACGAGGCCCAGCAGGAGCAGGGCAGCAGCACAGAAUCACUGGACUCCAAGGACUCCUCAGACUCGUCAGGCCAGCUCAUCGCCUGAACGAGAAGGUGCCUUUGAGAGUACACAUGCAGGACACAGGAUUUCCUGCAUAGAACAGGAUGUGAUAUCCAGUCACAGUCUGGAGGGAGGACAGCUUUGUUAUCUUGGGGCCAAAGACAAAAACAUGAUUGUCCAGGUGUCUUUCUUUCACUUUUUUUUUCACUCACGCUAUCAGAAUAACUUUUGGUAACGUGAAAACAGGACGAGGUUACAUUACAAUUGUAUAUUGUUAUUUUUUUGAUUACACAGAAAACAAUACUGGGAGGGUGGAAGGGGAAUUCUGAAGAAAAAGACCCAAGUGGACAACAGUCUAUUCAUCAUGUAAAUUAUGACAGCCAGGGAGUCAGUGCUUCCUCCUUUCAUGACGUUUUAAAGAUAAGAUAUGAUCUUAUCAUUAUGCUGGAACUUAUGAAAGGUUUUAAUUCAUUAAUCCAAGGACCAGUAACCCUUGAAUCACCUCUUACAGUAUUAGAUUCCAAGUAGCUGAAAGUAGGUCAGGGGAUUGUGUGAAAUAAACCCGUACAGCUUAAAUGACAGCCAAGGAGUUUCACUACUCUGGCAUUUGCAUGGCUGAGCGGUAAACCCUCAGUGUUUAGCACUGUGCUGAUGUGCAGAUGUGGGUGCGCAGACAGAUUUUAAUCAGGCCUAAUACUGGGCCUCCAGUACAGUACCUACUGUAUGCUUCCUAAAACAGAAGUGUUUACAGCUUUUUGUACAUAGAUAAUGUUGUUAUUGUAGCAGUGUUUUGUCAAUUACAGUAUGAGUUUAAGUUGGGGAACUUUAUUUACCCAGGAAAACAUUUAGGACAUAGUACUACUUUAUAGUAUAAAUAUAGUAUUUGUCUGUGGUCCUUCACAGUGUGUAGUUUACAGUAUAUGGUGAACAGAGAACUACUUUAAAUAGUGAUAUUAUAUACAGCAUCCUAUUCUGUAUACUAUAUUCACACACAGUACUGUAUAGCCUCUAUUACUAUUAGCAGGAAGCAUACGGACUUUCCUGGAUUUGCUUCAUUGGCGUAAAAAAUUCCAGUGGAGGGAGAUUCCCUCUUGGUCAGGUUAUGUAGUAACAGUUUAAUUAGAUUAAAGAUUAAAACCCCAGGGAGACUACGGUAAAGGAAGUCUUAGCUGGUAAAUUACAGUAUAAGUUUUAAUGAGAAGAGUUCAGUUAUGGUCCAACAGCACUGAGCAAGUUCCAGCAUGCUUCUUAAGAUUAGCCAGGGCAUCCCAGACUGCUGAUCACGAGCCACUACAAUUUCAACAUUCCUCAUUCUAGUAGGUGUGUCAUGCGGGAAACCUUAAUGUUAUACGCACAUGUAUCAAGUAAAUGAGCGACGACAUGUGCAAACUUUACUCAAGAGCCAUGUGGGGAAAAACCCAGCAGUCAGUCCUGUAAUUUUUUUAUUGAGCACAACAAAGUGGGCAGCAGGCUCAUUAAGAACUGUUCUGAUUUGUAGCAGACGUGCCUUUCUUAUGAAAUGGAACAUUUCAGAAAUCUGCUGUGUGGGCCCAUAAAAUCCCAUCUAUAGUACAGAAUGAGUCACAACUAAAGUGAUGUGUUGUCUGCUUAAAGACCACAAAGUUCAGCAGGGGCUGCCUUGAAGAGUUACCACAGUACAGUUUGCCACAUACUAAGACUUAAUACCAACUGUAGCACUUUGUUUUUCCUGUCAAAUGUGAUGUCACUGAUGUGUAUGCUGGUUUUGUAUAUUUAUUUUUCUGCCUCAUGAUAUUGUAGUUACUGAACUUUCCUAAAUUACACUGUACUAUAAACAUUGUGUUUUUCAAACAGCACUUUUAUAAAGAACUGUGUGUAUAGUGGCUCAGUCCAACUAUAGAGUUUAACCUUUAAUGUAAUGUGUAAAUGAGCAAACAUUAUAUGAAAGAAAAACAACAAAACCUGGGAACAUUAUUUUUAUAGAAUCAAAUAAAUUGUCAUUACAGUUAUGUCGGAGUCUGUGUUACUUGGUUUGUCCCUAAACAAGAAUAAACAUGCUCAUAUGACUUGGA